AGUUGUAGUUUUGUCGUUAGUUUACUCCUUCUUAAAAACGCGUGGCUUAAACUACCAUUCCCAGUCUGCUUUGCGAAGCGACACCGGAAGGACGCAGGAGUGGGCGGGAGACUUCUUUCGUAACCAUCUCUUUAGCUAUGGUUGUUCUGAGGUCUUUCUGAGAGUGUGGUACAAUAUAUGUAUGGGAGGGGAGGUAAUAUAAGUCGUCUCAAAAGGAAUCUUCUCAGAGGAGGAUUUGAACUUUGACUUUCUGACUUUUGCCACUUUCUGAAUACGCUGUGAUCCAAGUCAAUGUUUCGCCGAAAUGGAUCCUGAUUCCUCUGCCUCGGCUGCUGGGACAAGGCUCCACUCCUCUGAUGCAUUUAGGAUCCACAGUAUUUGCUUCCUACUAAUGAGAAGAACACAGGGAUUUUACACCAAAGAUGCUGGCUUUGUUUAUAGGAAAAACAUGGGGAUCCUGAGGAAGCUCAUAUGCCAGCAGCUGGCUGGUGGCCCCAGAUUUCUCAAGCAAAUGACCUCUGAUGCAAGGGAGAAUUGUGAGAAUUACCCUGUUUCUGCCUAUCUGGCCAGAAAUUGCUCACAGGAAGAUGGGUUAGGAACACCAGCAAGCAGCUGCCCAACUGACAGAGGAACAAAUCUUCUUGAUUGCAAUGGCUGCUUCACAGAAAGUACAACAUUCAGGAAUGUUUGGACUAAGCAUUCAACAUCUCCAAUAACUUAUCAGAGUGGAAAGAUCUAUUUGGAAAAUUAUCGCUACUGUCUGAGCAGCAUUACACCAGAGCCAAGGAUAAUUUAUCAAAUGCCAGCAUGCCCCAAAUCAGAAAAAAUAGAGGAUGUUUUAUUAUUGGAAUGCCCAGUGGGUGAAGUACUGCCCAAUCCAUCAGACUACAAACCUUCGUUGGCAGUUUUGACAGCUCAUAACUGGCUUUUACGUCUCUCUGCAACUACAGGAGAAAUACUUGAAAAAGUUUAUCUUGCAGCCCACUGCAAAUUCAGAUACCUGAGCUGGGACACCCCACAAGAUGUCAUGGUUGUUAAGUCAAUUCAGCAGAAGCAUCCAGGGGCUGCAAGGCAGGCAGGUGUCCAGCAGUCUGUGCUUUUUGUUCUUGCUGUCUUCAGAGUUCUGCCACUUUCGUUUAUUGGAAUGCUAGAACUGGACAAAAAAUUCUUUGGGAACAGCAUGACAGAUGCUUCGAUGUCGGACAGCAUGUUGAUUGUGACUCACAGUACGGGUCUUGUCAGACUCUAUAGCUUUCAAACUAUCUCUGAGCAGUUCAUGCUGCAACGAGUGGACUUGGGACAGGAAUACAACUGGAAUGGCAAAAUUGGGAUUGUGGGAAAAUACCCUUUUGGUAUUCCAUAUAACAUUAAAAUAACAGGUGCUCCUGACCUGCUUUUUGAGGUGUCUUCCCUGGAGAGCACAUUUCAGAUUGGAGGAUUCCCCUGGCAUUACAUCAUCACUCCUAACAAGAAAAGUCAAAAAGGAAUCUUCCAUGUUUGUUCUCUGAAAGACCACACUUUGGCAAAGAAUGGUGUACAGGAAAUGAAAUGUUGCUCAUUGGAACCUGACUGGAUAACUUUCCACCCAGACAGUUCUGGAAGGAUACUACACGUGGGACCAAAUUUGAUUAAAGUUUUGAAGCUGAAAGAAGUGGAAGGGAAUACAGAACUGCAGAAAGUUACAGAAGAUUUCAUCAUACAAGCCAGCAGGGAAAAUAAUAUUGAGAACUCCAUAACUGUUACAUCUUCUGGCCGAAUAGUGAAGAAUCGUUUUAACUCACUGGAUGAUGACCCUGAGAAAGAGACUUUCCAAAUAGUGGAUUAUGAAGAUGAGCUGAAUUUACUGUCCAUUGCAGCAGUUACUCAGAUAGGAUCUGAUGGAAGUGCUCGCCUUGACCUUCGAUGUAAUGAGCGCGGAACUCGACUUAAGAGCAUUCCUUUUGUGGAAUCUUGGGAUGUAACAUACAGCCAUGAAGUUUACUUUGACAGAAAUGUUGUGCUGCAUAUUGAACAAAAGCCCAACAGGACCUUCAGUUGCUAUGUUUAUCACAUGAUCUGCAGCCGUUCAAAUGAAGAUGAAAACAUAAAGAAGGGAAAAGGAAAGCGUCAGUUUUGUGAAAAACUCGGAAGAACUUUUAAAUACUUAUAGGAUUUUCUUCAUUUUCUGUGGACAAUAUCCAAAGACUUGCGAAACUCUUUGUGGUAAUUACAAACUAUUAUUAAACUUUGUGUUGGUAAAGGAAGUCUCUCUCAAAUUAAGAAUGCACUAUAAUAUUUGUUUUUAGAAAUCUUACAUAUAACACAGUUGAGAUUUGGAUUUUGUUUUGAGAAAAAGAGGGGGUAUCCAUUUGACUCAAGUAAUGAUACCUUUACUUGGUUCUGUUUCCGUUGUUUUGAAGAGUACACAGGAGUACACAUCCUGAUCAAUUACUGUGAUAUCAUAAGCCUUAUUUAUGGCAUUGUAUUUGUUCCAUUUCUCCUAUAAAGGCAGCUGCAGAGACCCUUAAGAGGUCCUUCCACAACUGUUUGUCUCAUUGUGCUUCCCAAUGGAUGAGAGCUGAAACUCAUUGCCCCCUUCCAGCAUCACAGAAAUGGGUAUAUUGUGGGGUGGGUUAUGAGACAUCCAAGGUAAGAUUUUGGAUCAUUGCAUUGGAAGAAUUUGCAGCUACAUUUCCAUAGUUAUGUCUUCUAAUGCAGAAUCUUGGCUGAUAUUUAUCUGUGUGUGUGUACACACACACACGCACACACACACAUAUAAUCUCUCUUCUUCAAGAAAGAAAUAAGAAAAUGUAAACCACUUUCAAAUGACAUAAGAGAACAUUCUCUAUAGUUUAAUAAUAUCAAUCACAUUUAAAGUGAUUACACACUCCAUUAAUUCUACAGUAUAGAUGCACCCUAAGAGAUGCAUUAGCCUACACCUACUCACCUACAAGAUCUUUUCUGCAAAAAAAAAAAAAAUCAAUUUGUUCCCCCCACCCCCAAAUAUGUUGUGUUUUCCUAGUUUAUUUUAAACCUAGGAAAAGUCUUUCUUAACAUGAGGAAGUGAUGUUCCUGUUUCAAAAAUGAAAGCAACCCACCUCAUAAUCCAUACUCCAUCAAAACAGGCACAACACUACCAUGCAUCCCAGUCCACCAACUCCAGUGAUCUUUGUACUGUUAAUCCCCAGGCAUUCAUAAAGGCAGGGAUUCAAAAAAUGAAACUUCCAUGUAUUCUCUGUUGACAGUCUGUAUGUUAACUUUUUGUUACCGAGGCGGUGCAUAAUGUGUUUGUGAGUACAUAAAGAUUUUACUGGAAUGGUGAUUUCUUGCCUUAUAGCUGCUCUUUCAAAAGUGUAGAAAGUCUUGAGAACUGUAUUUUUAAAAUUAUUUUUAAAUAAAGGUGCUCGUUUUUUAAAAAAUCUUAAAAUGGC